AUGGUCAAGAUGACGUCUCUCAAAUCGGAAAACAAGAAGCUGUCCAAGCAGCUGCGCGAAGCCAGCGACCUGCUAUCAACGAGGGACGAUCGAAUGAAAUCCCUCGAAGCCGCCGCCCGCGAGUACCAGGCUAAGAUUGAGGCGCUCGAGAAGGACCAGGCCAACGAGAAGCUGAAGCUUGAGGGUGUUCAGCGGCGACUGGACAAAGACAGGGCCCAUAACGACACUGUCGAAAGCAAGCUUACUGCCGCCACCACUGCCGUCUCACUUCACACCAAGACAUCGACGAAGCUCGCUCUACGCGUACGAUUCCGGGAUCUGACGAUUACGAACCUCAAGGCAAGGGCUGCGUUCGAGCACAACAAGGUAUCUGAGGAGCUCGACCGCGUCCACGGUGAGCUUGCAGCCACCCGGCUACAGCAUGAAACAAAGACGGUGGCGGAGCACAAAGCCUUUGAACACGACCUGUCUCUGACAAGAAUGCAACGCGAUGAAGCCUACACCAAGGUAGUGGAGCUCGUGCGGCACUCGAGGCUUCGGACAAUGUCUGUGCUGCGCAAUUGGCGAAAACACAGACUGUUCAGGCCGACGGUGUUAGGUUUCCACAGCUACUCCUCACUUCGCUAUCAAAGAAUGUCCUAUUACGCACGCGCAUGA